AUGUUGCAUAUUGAAAACAAAGUUGCCUUAAUCUUAACAGGAAAAAUCAUAUUUGAACAAAUAAAAGCCAGAGUAUAAACAGGAUUUACACCUAAUGUACUAACAAAAACUAAAAUUGAAACUAAUAUAUUUGAUUUUUACGAAACUAUAAUAUAAAAAACAGAUGCUAAACAGCAAAGUGAAAGAAAUAAUAAGAAUGAAGGCUUGAUUCCUAUUUUAUUAAUAACUGGUGCUGAUAUUCCAAAUGAUAAAAUGACUCCAAUGGUUUACAAGAUAUUAUUAAAGUUAAUAUCACCUUCAAUAUUUGCAAGAAAGUAAUCCAUUAACAAAUUAUUUGUUUCCAAUCCUUUUCACAUUGGCCUAUUGAAGCAAGAUAACGUGGAGAUUCUUCUAUCCAAAAUACCAUCAUAAAUGAAAAGACACUUAAAAUUGAACCCAUAAAAAUCAAUGGUUCCCAAUGAUUAUUAAGACGCAUAAAAAAUAAUGUACCAGUUAAUGACGUUAAUUAUUCGCAUACCUAAAAAAAUGAAAAAGUUAGAGUCUCCUACGAUUAUUCCCAUUAUAAACAUUAGAAUGUAAUAACAUUAGAGAUUGUCUGUCAAUAAAAAUGAGGUUUAAACCAUAGAACCAGCAAAGGCAUUAAAAAUUAAAAGUGGCUUUCUACCAUAUUAAUCACUUAAUGGUAUUACAAAAAACAUGCUUGUUAACAUACCACACAGAUAAAGUGAUCCAAACAAUGCAAUUUAUGAUUCAGAGUUGCAAUAAAAAUCGAAUUUUUCUACCCAGUUAUGA